AGAUCGGCGAGAGAUUGUGUAAACUGUGCUAGGGCUAGACGACUUGCAGAUUGUAUCUUAACACUAUGCGAUACAUACACGGGAACAUUUACCUGUUUUAAAUUUAGCUUCAAGUGUAUUUUGACCUGGCACAGUUCGACGAAGCUUGCCUGACCCGUGCAACAUGGACAAUUGAAACCAGCUGUGCAUGUCGCUGUGCUCAAUUCAACGCUGGAAUUCUGUGCUGGACUGUAGAAUACAAUCAAUUCAUUCAAAAUGGCUUCGGAUGCUUCUUUUGACCCGUUUCAAGUAUUUGAGGUGAAACAUAAGCACUGUGCUAUUGUAUAUGUCAAGGUGGUGCGAGGAAGAUCCAUAACCAAAGGUUGGGCCAAAGAUUUAGUGGACACGCCUGACCCGUAUGUCAUCUUGACCUUGGCGAAUUCACCCUAUUCGUGGCGAAAAACAGCCGUUAAAGAUAAUGACGUCAAUCCUGAGUGGCAUGAAACAUUUACCUUUUGGUUGGAUCCAGAACAGGACCAUGUUCUAGAAAUGUCUCUAAUGGACGCCAACUAUACUGUUGACGAGCAUCUUGCCUCUUCUGCCCUUCCUUUAAAGCCACUUCCAAUUGGAAAAAAGCUACAAAGAACUAUUUAUUUCAACGAAACAUCUGAAGUUGAUAUUGAAGUAUGGGGAGAAAUGAACGAGCAAGCCGAUCUGAGGUAUAGUUUGACACUGUGUCAAGAGGAAAAACGUUUUAUCGAGGCAAGAAAACGGAAAAUUCACAAAGUUAUGCGGACACACUUUGGCAUGGGAGGACCAAAAAAUUAUAAAGAGGUGCCUGUAAUAGGAAUCAUUGGGUCAGGUGGAGGAUUCAGGGCCAUGGUGGCCUUUAGUGGAGUGAUGGCCGCCCUCUCUGAGAUGGGGGUACUGGACAUGGCCACAUAUGUAGGUGGGCUAUCAGGGUCUUCCUGGUAUUUAUCUCAGCUCUACUCGCAUCCCGAGUGGCCGAACGUCUCGCCUGGCCAGCAGUUGCAGGAGAUUAAGCACAACAUUGACCACAGCUUUCUGUGGCUCUUCAAAACUCACGGCAUUUAUUUUGUCAAGGAAGUCUGGAAAAAAAGAAGUCGAGGAGAACCGGUGUCAUUUACAGAUUUAUUUGGCCAUUUAGUUGGCAACACUUUGUUGAAAAAUAGACUUGAUGCACGACUGAGUGACCAACGUAAAAGUAUAGACAAUGGACAGAGUCCACUGCCCUUAUACACCUGCCUCCACGUUAAAAAAUCUGUUUCUGCAAUGGUUUUCCAUGAAUGGAUGGAAUUUUCCCCUUAUGAAGUUGGGCUACCAAAGUAUGGUACAUUUCUUGAUUGUCGACAAUUCGCAUGUAAGUUUUUCAUGGGUUGCAUCGUCAAAGAUUUCCCAGAACCACCGCUGCAUUAUUUACAAGGUAUUUGGGGAAGUGCUUUUUGUAUUCAGUUCAAACGUUUGUUGCAAGAUGAUAAGAAUGUCGACCCUGCCGAGUUAAUGAGGAGAGAACGAGAGGAAUUUGAGGCUGAAUUAAGAAAAGACCUGGAUGUUUGUGAUAUAGACGAAAGUGAAUCGAGUGAAGAUGAAAAUAGUCUUGAGAAGGGAACACAUGGUGAAAAAACUACAGGCGGCCUUCAGAGGAGACGCUCCAAGAGCACAAAACUUAAACAAAAAUCUUUUUGGGACUCGAUGAUGGCAAGAAUGAUGGAGUCAAGAUGGUUUCAGAGCAUUGAAUUACGAGCAGCCCAAAUAUUCAACUUCAUGCGUGGCUUGUCUCUCCAUGACGUCUUCCCGUUUUCACCAUUCACCAAAACUCAAGAAGAGGAAAAUGAGAAUAACAAAGAAACUUUUGAAGGUAUUUUUGAAAUGCAUCCAACUCACAUCAAAAAGCUCUAUGUGGUUGACAGCGGCCUCACAUUUAACUCACCAUAUCCCGUUAUACUACGGCCACAGAGAGAGGUGGACAUCAUCUUAUCUUUUGACUUCAGUGCUCGCCCAAGCGACGAUACGCCUCCUUUCAAGGAGCUCUUACUGGCUGCCAAAUGGGCCGAACUGAACAAAGUUCCAUUCCCUCCUAUUGACGUGAGUGUGAUACAGAAGGAAGGACUAAAGGAGUGUUAUGUCUUCAAACAUCCGUGGGAUCCCAACUGUCCAAUUGUGUUACAUUUUUGUCUUGUCAACAUCAAUUUCAAACAUGAGUUACGGCCGGGGGUCCCUAGAACAACCCAACAGGAAUUCGAUUUUGCGAAUUUCAGCAUUUUUGACGACCCGUCUCGACCAUAUUCAACGUUUAAGUUUACCUACAGUCACCUGGAGUUUGACCGUUUAUCUAAGCUCAUGGAGUACAACACUCUGCUGUGUCAAGACAUCAUAUUUGAUAACAUCAGCACAUGCAUCAAAAGAAGGAGGCGAUUUAGUAUCCGCAGGCCGUGUAGGAAAAAGGACAUUGCUCGUCUCAGUUUAAACAGUCGCGUCAAAGCCGAAAAACUUUUGCAAUACAUUUCCAUGGUGGAGGAGGUCUCAGGGAUCCAGGACCGUGAAGAGGUGUUUGAUGAGGCAGAUUCUCUCAGAUCUGUGGAACAUAAAAGCCGACCUACCAGCACUCCUGUUGUCUUUCAGGAAACGGCCAAGUUAGCGAUGAGAAGGACGAGAAUGACGUCAGAGAUGAGUCAAGUGAGAGAAGAGAUUAAUGAGCUGGAAGAGCCAAACCCUAGCAGUGAAUUGAAUAACAAUAGUCUGAAAGCUACCUUAUCUCAUCCAGUUUUAAGGACUCCGAACCUCUCUACUGCUGGUGAUUACAGAAACAUCGGUACACCAGCAAACAAUGGAUCAACAAACUUAGACGCUUCUUCUAUUCUGCAACCAUUUCCAUCUCCACGAUUUCAACGAAAAGUAGUUAGUCUCAAAACAAACUUGUCUCCAGAGAUAAAAGAUGAUGUAACCAUCUUAUCCAAGCAGACGGACAUUAAGAACAACGAUGAAUCUCAUCUAGUUGAAUCUGGAUUGAAAGCACAGAGUAGACGAGUUUAUCGUUUGCAAAAUGGUGAUAAAAAAAUUGAUGAAAUUGGAGAUUGUGUUCAAAUUUCUCUGACGAACCCCCAACCUUUAGAAGAAUGGAUUGAGUCUGUAGACCGUGUCACUCAUUUGUAAUUCCAAAAAUGUUGAUUGAUUCUGUAGAACGUGUCACUCAUUUGUAAUUCCAAAAAAAUGUUAAUGAAUUUUUCACUACUGCUUGUUUUAAUUGCCCAAAAUAUUGCAUGGGUUUUAGAUUGUGUGUAAUAUAGAACAGUAUUAAUCUUGAUUUCUCAUCUCUGUAUCUUUAUUCAGUAUGUCCUAAUGGCGUUGUCAUCAGACUAAUAAACAAUAUUCAAAACAUUAGGCCUAAAUAAGUUUGUGUAAACUACGUAACAAAAAAACAGUAUCAAUAGAAAUUAAUUAGU